CACAAAUACAUUAGCAUACUUUUCUUCACGUAAGCAUUUAAUAAAUAUUGUAUGAGUUUACCUUAUAUUUGUUGACAUUUUACAUUUGAUUAAUUUGCUACUUUUAAAAUUGUAUGAGUUUUAUAUUAAGCAAUGUUGUUAUCUGCUAUCAUUUCUUUUUGAUAUAACUAGUUUCUUGAGACUUUUAUUGACGAUCAUGAUGACUUGAGUAAAAUGUAAGAUAAAGUGAUGAAUAAAUUUAGCCCUAAUUUUGGACUACUCAUGAAAUGAAGCUAUGUAAUACAGAUUGAGGCCAUACAUGAGAUUUGCAAUGCGUGAUUCCUAUUACACAAUAGCAGAUUUCAUUUGAAGCAUUAUAAAUUAGAUUCAAAUUAAUAUUGAUCAUGUCUGCAAAUUGAGGUGACAACUAAUGCUCAAGUGGAGAUAUAUUGGAGAGAAGAUAGUCUAUCUAGUGCAGCAGGUUCCCCUGGAAAAAGCAAAUAUCCUACUGUCAUCCAAUAUUGGGGUAUUUAUAUGCCUAAAAUGUUCAGGUGUACAUCGAAGUCUUGGUACGCAUAUCUCAAAGGUUCUAUCCGUGACGUUAGAUGACUGGUCUGAUGAGGAAAUUGAGUCCAUGGUUGAGGUUGGAGGAAACUCUUAUGCCAAUUCAAUUUAUGAGGCAUUCCUACCAUCAGGUCUUUCAAAACCGAGCCCAGACUCAAGUAAUGAAGAGCGCUCCAAGUUCAUCAGAUCAAAGUAUGAGUUGCAAGAAUUUUUGAAGCCCAGCCUGCGAAUUGUUUCUUCGAAGAGCUCUUUCUCUUCCUUCAGGUCGUGUGAUUCAGUGAGGGAUGUGGAUUUUGACGCCUUAAAUACAGAGGGCAUGGUAGAGUUCAUGGGAAUAUUGAAGGCCAAAGUAAUAAAAGGUACAAACAUGGCUGUGAGAGAUAUGCUAAGCAGUGAUCCUUAUGUAGUUUUGACUCUUGGGAAACAGAAGGUGCAGACAACGGUAGUACAGAGCAACCUAAAUCCAGUUUGGAAUGAGGAGCUUAAGCUUUCAGUCCCUGAAUCUUAUGGAACCCUUAAACUGGAAGUUUAUGAUCAUGACAUGCUAUCUUCUGAUGAUUUAAUGGGUGAAGCAGAAAUCGAUCUUCAGCCAAUGAUUGAAUCUGCGAUGGCUUUCGGGGACCCUGACCUCCUCUCUGACAUGCAGAUUGGCAAGUGGUUGAAAUCAGCGGACAAUGCCCUUAUCGAUGAUAGCACAGUGCACGUCAUUGAUGGGAAAAUAAAGCAAGAGAUAUCUUUAAAGCUACAGAAUGUGGAGUCUGGAGAGAUGUUCUUAGAGAUGGAGUGGAUUCCUUUGAUGCAGUAGGCUCAAUUUGCUUGUUUUCAUUUUGUUAUAUAUAAGGUUCUUUCUCAAUUUGAUUCAUUUCUUUUUCCUUAAUUUUUUUUAAAAAAAAUUGUAACCGCUGAAAAUGAAUUAUGUCAACUAGCAAACAAUUAGAUUGUUGUAUUUUUGUCAGUAAAGGAUAGUUUAACUCCAUUUCAAAAUGCUUAAUCUGUACUUAGUUUUUU